CUUCCUUCCUGAAAUGACAGCAUGGAGAGUGGGAUGUUAGCAAAUGCUAGUGGAUAACUCAUCUUACUCUCAGUGAGUAUUUUAUUAAUAUGUUACAGAAUAUUAACAGCAGCUGAUGAAAAUCUUGUGUUUUUUUUAAGCUAGAUCUACAGAAGCAGUGUAUCUCUUCCAACUGUCCUCCAUCUUGACUGUGCACAACUUGUCAUUUCUCAAUCUCCAGUGUCAUGACGAGUGAUAAGGACAUAGUGGCGGUGGGACGCAUCCUCGUGGACAGCCAGCAGGAGCUUCCCGCUCGUUUUCGGGCUCUGUUCACGCUCCGGAACCUGGGCGGAGCCGAGGCGGUGAGAUGGAUCAGCGAGGCUUUCACAGACGACUCCGUGCUUCUCAAGCACGAGCUGGCCUACUGCCUGGGGCAGAUGCAGGACGAGCGAGCCAUUCCCGUCCUGGAGACGGUGCUGAGAGACACUCAGCAGGAGCCUAUGGUCCGGCACGAAGCAGGUGAAGCUUUGGGAGCCAUUGGGAACCCAAAAGUGUUGGAUUUACUGAAACAGUACUCAGAGGACCCGGUCGUUGAGGUGGCAGAGACGUGUCAGUUGGCCGUCAGGAGGCUGGAGUGGCUGAUGAGUGGUGGUGAUGCUGAGAAAUCGGAGGCUACAGACAGUAACCCGUACUGCUCAGUGGACCCGGCUCCUCCAGCGCAGAGGAAGAGUGUCUCUGAGCUCCGGACGCAGCUGCUGGACAAGAGCCUGCCGCUGUUCGAGCGCUACAGAGCCAUGUUCGCUCUCAGGAACCUCGGCAGUGAGGAGGCCGUGCUCGCUCUGGGAGACGGCCUGCAGUGCAGCAGCGCUUUAUUCCGUCAUGAGAUCGGCUACGUGUUGGGACAGAUGCAGCACGCGGCGAGCAUCCCUCACCUGCGCGCCGCUCUGGAGAACAAGACCGAGAACGCCAUGGUGAGACACGAGUGUGCCGAGGCGCUGGGAUCCAUCGGGCAGGACGCGUGUCUGUCCGUCCUGCAGCAGUACUGCGAGGACAGCGAGCGCGUGGUGAAGGAGAGCUGUGAGGUCGCGCUGGACAUGCUGGAGUACGAGAACAGCGCACAGUUCCAGUACGCAGACGGACUGCUCCGAGUAAACGCUGCUCAGUGACGCUGAACGAUUUAGGACUUCUUAUUUAGGACUUUUUAUUCUACGCUGUCAUUACCUAUGACCUACACCUCACCUCAUAGCGUUCUCAUAGACACAAUAUCAGCUUUUUCAGAGGAAAUAGCCACCAAAGAAAUGUUUUAAAUCUGUAAGAUCAGUUUCUGAAUCCAUGUCAUACAUUUUCUGGGUUAGACGUGACAUUGUUGUGGUUACAUUUGGGAAAAAAAAAAAAAAAAAGGAAAUGUUUUAGAAUGUAUAAAGGCAACACUGGGCAUGAAUAUUAAUCACCGCUAGGUUUGAGAUGCUCAAGAAUAAACAAAUGAACAGAAAUGACGAUAUUUUCCACCGAGGUUUUCCUCCAGAUCUUUAUGCAAAUCGUAUAACUGGCAGUUUCUCUUUUUUUUUUUAACCACACUACCAUUUUUUUCCCUAUUAAUGUAAAGCCUGAAGUAUGUAACUUUUACUUUGUUUAAAGAAAAAGUUAUAUUUGAGCCACAUCAGAGGCAUUCCUGGGUCGCUGUGCGCUCCAGAUAGUGAUUUGAAGUUGAGAAAUGUUGAGCAGAAGUUGAAAAAUGAGGCUCUGAUUCACCAGGCUGGACAGCUAAUCAGAGAACUCGCUCUCCUGCCAGCCUCUGACGCAGAUUUAAUGGUCAAACAGCCGUUGACAAGGGCAGAUUAGUGAAAAUCGAUGCUAUCACGAUGCAGGAUGCCCAGCGACGCUCAGUGGGUUGAUGGAAUUAUGGCUCACCUACAACCAUCCUCAUAUUCAACUUCCAAAAUCCUCCAUAACUUACAUACUGCAGCUUGAUAGAUAAUCUUGUCCUUGGAUACUUCCUGCAAGUUAUGAUCACACAGAUCAAAUUAUUUAUUAAUAAAGCUGGAGCAUGAUAUUCCUCAAUAUCAUAAUCUGGUUAUUUCUCUUGUUUUUGGUUGUGCUUCCUGUAAUAAUAAUAAAUUACAAACAGACUUCUA